AUGGGGGAGCACCUAGUACAUGUGGAGAUGGUGCUAUCAACUUUGGAGAACAAAUGGGUGGCUAACCGUAAGAAAUGUGGGUUCGGGCAAACUGGGAUUAAAUAUUUGAGUCAUACCAUUUCAGACAAAGGGGUUGAGAUGGAUUCUGAAAAAGUGAAGGCAGUGAUGAAAUGGGGCAGGCCAAAAACGGUGAAAGGACUAAGGGGCUUUUGGGGGUUUGUUCGAGAUUACAGAAAGAUUGUGAAGUCCCUCACGGAGCUAUUAAAGAAAGGAGAGUUUUUGUGGAAUGAAAAGAUAGAAGAAGCUUGGCAGAGUUUGAAGCAGGCUAUCACGACAGCUCCGGUGCUGUCUGUACCAGAAUUCCAACAGCCUUUUCAAAUAGAAUGUGACGCCUAG